AUGACUUCUCUUCUCGAGAGAGAAGGAUGCACGUUUGCGGACGCAGCGACGGCUGGGCGCGCACGCAAGGCUGCCGAGAAGGCCGACUACCCUACCCUGAAGCGUACGGCCGCUGCUACCCUCGAGAAACUCAAAAAAGCUCAGUUGGCGAAGCGUAGAGAGGCUCGACUCCGCAAAUCGGCGGAGCAGGCCGCAGAGGAUGAGCGACAACUUUUGGCGCGAGAGCGAGUCCUGCGCGCCGAUCUGAAGAAGGAGCUUGGGGAGGAGCAGCGACGUAGAAUCGAGGCGGAGCAACGGGCGCAAGCAGCGAUCGCACGCGAGCAGGCCUCGGAGCAUCAGAGGCAGCAGCAGAGGGCUGCUGAUGGAGAGGCGGUGGCGAACGUCCUGACCCAGCUGGGAAACUUGCGGUUGGAGAAAAAAAUGCUUCAAGAUCAACAGCGCGAGAUGGUUGAGAUUUUUUGUCCACAAGCGGCAAGCGUGAUGGCGGUGCAGCAACAGCAGCACAACGGGAAUCCGCUGCUUUCCGCGAAAGACCAGCUCAUCCGCACCCGGAUGGAGGUAGAGCAAGCGAGGAGGGAGCUGGAGGCGGCGUCGGCGUGGGGAAAGGUUGCCGAGACGAGAAAUGCUAAUUUGAAGAAAAAGAACGGGCGGGUCCGCCGUCGAAGCGGGCGGGUCCGCCGUCGAACCGGUGGGGUCCGCCAUCUAUGACCGGUCGGGCUGUGGGGUACUGGCUUUUUGUGUGUGCCAGCAGCCUCAGUGAGCGCAGUGACGGGUGUCCACCUCGCGCAUUGCUGCGUGAACGCGCUUGACCAUAUUUGUCCAGUCUGUUCGUGUGUGUUCGUGUGUCUUUUUAUUCUGGUUCAAAUUCCGAACGUUUUUAUUGGUCCAAGAAGGAAAAGCGCAUUCUAUUUGCCACGAAAAGUUCACCCGGUUUGGGACA